AUUUCAGGACAUGGGUGAUCUCGAGCGAGUGCGGGCCGAGGUGGCUCGGCUUGAGGCCGCUCUCCAGGAAGCAAUUGCCGAUAAACACAAGGCCGCCGAAGUGGGACUGAGUAUUCUGCAAGAAAAAGAGGCGUUAGAGUUGAAACUCGCUCAACUUCAAACGCAAUACGAUGCCGCUAAAAUUGAAGUCGAUCAAGCGAAUCAGAUGCUGGCAGAAUUUCGCUCACAACACAAAGCGGCACAUAGAAGUGAACUAGAGAAUGAAAUGACAUUGCUGGAAGAGAGUUCGGCCAAGGAACGCCGUCUCACCGAAAGAAUCGCUGUAUUAGAAACCAACCUUCGCAAUACAGAACAGGAGCUUGCUCGAUGUCGCAGCGAACUCGAACGACUGAAAGCAGAGCAUAGCUCUGCUUCCGAUACUGGUGCAGCGCUAGAAGAAGAACGACGAAGAUUAAGAGCCGAACUCAAAGAAACUAAGGAACGAGAGCAGAGGCUUAUGGGCGAGUAUACAGAACUCGAAGAAGAGAACAUCGCCCUACAGAAGACUGUUGCCAACCUUCGUGGUGCGCAAGUGGAAUUUGAAUCAUUGAAAAUUGAUUGUACCAAGUAUGCCGAUGAAAUUUACAUGUUGAAUGCUGCAAUAGAAGAAAGUCAAUUGUUGAAGAAUAUUGCCGAGAAGCAGGUGGAGGAAGCGCUUUUGGCUGCUCAACAAGAACGGGAGCAGCGAUUGGCUAUGAAGAAAGAGUUGGAUGCUGUAAAGAAUGCCGAACAUUUGAGUAGCUUGACCGAUAUGCUCAUGGGGUUGGAAAGGCUCGGAGAGGAGCCGGUACCUGCUCAGCCCUCUAAUGAUCUCUUCAGUGAACUUCAAGGAAGCACAGAUGAAAAGCUUCGGGAAUUAGAAGCCGCCCGUGAUGGCCUACAAGAAGAGGUCAAGGACCGAGAAAAAGCAGCAGUUGAGAUGAUAUCCAGUAUAAUGCAAAAAUUGAAUAUUAAUUAUUCCGGAGACUUGGAUUUCCGACACGUUCGCCAACAAAAAGAUGUGGUACUAGACCGACUCGAGCACUUGCUGAAAGGCGAUGAUGCGAAUGCUGAUAAAAGGGUUCACGAUCAAAAAGCCGACAUCCGCACGUUGUUGCUGUUUGCGGGUGAAAAAGCCGCACAACUUGCAGCUGCUCAGGAUGCUAUGAUCCAAGUUUCCGAUCAGCUAUUCCAAUUCUACUCGCAAAUUGUACAAAAUCAAGGUCUCACCUCGGAGAAAUCUGUCAUCGAGAUCGUGAACAAGCUACGGCAACUUGCGCGUGAGAAUGCGGAGGAUUUGCCGAAAGUGUCACUAGUUGACGAGGGAGUGGAAAGUGGAACAGAAACCGACACAAGUGGUGCCAAGGGAAUCCCACUCAACUCGGAUCGAGCUGUCCUUGCCCCAUCGUUCAUCCGAGAUGUAGAUCCUCGCUUGACAAGCUGCAAGAUUAACGAUGUUGUCAGUGAGAGUGACUUGCGACAACGAGUGCUUACAGAUGGCAGCCCUCUGUCCCAAACAAGCGACAGUCUCAAAAAGCUGUUGACAACAGUUAAGAGGACCGCCGAACAAGCACUUAAUCAAGCCGUUGCGGCUGGAGGAGCUGAGACCGACGACAUUCUUAUGCAAAAUAUGAAGCUACGCUCAUUGUUAAGUACAAAACGUGAUCAGAUCUCUACCCUGCGUACAGUGUUGAAGUCUAACAAAUUGACAGCUGAGUCAGCUCUGGCGUCGCUGCGGGAUAAGUACGAAGCCGAUAAGAAGGCGCACCAGGAAAUUAGCGAACGCAUGCGACGUGAGCUGAAACAGCUCAAGGAGGAUGCGGCUACUUUUGCCAGCCACCGUGCUAUGUUCACAGCUCGUUGCGAAGAACUGCAAGCACAGGUAGAAGAGCUAGAGGCUGAUCAGCGCAAUAGCGAAGAGGAGAAGAAGACCCUCAACCAGCUUCUUCGUUUGGCCAUCCAACAGAAACUCACGCUUACCCAGCGUUUGGAAGACGUGGAAGUGGACCAGGCGAAGGCUUUCAACCCCGCGUUGUGCGCUAUCCAACCCAACAACAGUCGGGGGGCCAACGAGGAGGAGUUCGCAGGGACAACCUUUAGGUGUUCAGAGGCGGCGGGCUCCUCCCAUUUUUAUUCCUCUCCUCUCCGACGGGUUACUCUUUCAAAUGCGCUGGUGAAUAUAGACAACAGCGGCGGUUUCUCAUGCGAGCUUCCUCAUUCUCUGAUUGAAAACAGCCUUCUACUUGAUUAUUUGGACGAGGAAUGGCAGAGAUGCCAGAGCGAAGCAGUCUUUGCUGUAGACCCGGCCAUAUUCGAACUUGCGCUUGACGACCUUCGAAUGCAACUGCCAUUACCUCGACUGUUUGCUGAUGUGGAGCUAGUUGUACUGCUCUAUGCGUCACUUGCGUUCUUCUGGCUGUUCUUCACCUAUACCCCUUCAUACUAGUCCGCGUGUGGGCACGGCUAAGCCUCCGCCCGCUAAGUACACUCUGACAAUCGACUAAAGCUGAUCUGUUAAUUGUCAGCCAUUGUUUCGGCCAUUUCGUUAUGCUGACGUUGUGCUCUGUAUCCGUGUCUAUGGUGAAUUCCACACAGAUGAUACAUAUGCGAAUGUGCGGCUUACCAAGAUUCCGUAAUAAUCUCGCGCUCCUACUCCCAUAUCGUAUGCAAAUACCAUUGCGGUUGUUUCUGAUUGAUUUUCUAUCUGCGGACCACUUAGGGUAAUUGUUAUGCGUGAUAACGAUAUUGCAUGCUCCUUUGAUCGUCGUCAUCGUGAUUUUUGUCAGGCCGCGUAAAUGUCUUGGGAUUGCUCACCCUCAUUAUUGUGAUACAUAUAUGCCGUUGUCCCAGUAAUUCUUCGAUUUCGUUCCAUAGUCAUAGGAGAAAACUAACUGUUGAUUUUGCAGAGAAAAAGUGUCCUUGAAUUUGUUUAAAUUGACCAAGAGAGUUAUGUGCCUUUAAACGCACUACCACACUUAAGUUAUUAUUCCCAUUGUAAUUGUUUUCCACAUUUGAUUGUGAUAAUCUGUUAAGUUGAGCCAAAUUGACUCUAUUUGUAUAAAUUAUAUCUCAUCAGUUCUAUUGUAAAGUUGCAUUGAGUCAAAAAAUAUUGUUUUCUGGUUCGA